CACUACGGGUCAUGCCGCGUGCGGGGUAAAAAGGGUGUAUAAUUCCUCGUAAGUCGAGGUCGUCGCCGCCUCCCAGGGGCCGCCGUGCGGUUUGGCACCCGCGCUCCGGCGACCAUCGCCAGGUAUAGGAGUCCCACGUCUCCAGCUGAUGAGCGUGGUGUCCUCAGAUUGUUCAUCCUUUUUUUACUAGUGACCAGCUCACUGCAGCCUGACUGCGGUAAAUUGCAAUCUGUGCAAGGCGGCACAAUUCUUCAUGGGCGGCUUAUCUGCUUCAGACUUCUAAGUUUUGCUGCUUCAUUGCGGCCGUGGGAUACAGAGUGCUAGGACCUAUUGGUGGCCGUCUGAAAGAUCUUCACGCGAUGCGCUUAAGAUAGAAGUUUAGAGCAAGCCCCUCCGCAAAUGCACAGCAGACUGCCAUUCUGGACGGGGUUGAAAUUUGCAACCGAAAGAGGGAGAGCAACUGGAAAUUGGAGAAGUUGUUCACAUUGCGCCAGUCCAUCUUUUUGACACUGACGUGAUUGAAUUUGCUGCCCUUGACAUCGAGACACAGCAUGGGCACCCCGGCGCAAGAGUCUGACAACUUUGUUGUGCAGCUGGGGGCUGCUGAAGGAGCUGAGGAAGUUAGUUUGUUGGAGCCUGUUCCCCCGGAUCGCCAGCUGAUUCUGUCUUUUCAACAGAUCAAUGGCCAUGUGCCAGUGUUGUCUAUUGGCAACCAGCGGGGCCUGGUGGAGAAACUGUUCAAGCGGAAGAAGCUGCAGGAUGAGGAAAAGGCAGUGAAGAAGCCUCAGGCGAGACAGAUCAUGCACGACUUGACUGGGGAAUGCAGGCCGGGAGAAGUUCUCGCCCUCAUGGGUCCGUCUGGAUCCUCAAAAACCUCGCUGCUGUCUGUGUUGGGGGGGCGCACUCCUAGCUCGUUGACAAUGACUGGAGAGGUACUGUACAACGGCGAAAAGCUGACCAAGAAGUCGAAGAGGAACAUCGGCUAUGUCCUUCAGGACGAUGUUCUAUACGAGAGCCUGACUGUCCACGAGACGCUGUACUACGCGGCCAUGCUCCGCCUGCCUCAGGACAUGAGCAAGGCUCAGAAACUAGACCGGGUUGACAAAACAAUCACUGCGCUGGGGCUCAAAAAGUGCCAGAACACGAUAAUUGGGGGCUUCUUCCACAAGGGCAUCUCCGGUGGCGAGCGGAAGCGCGUCUCGGUCGGUCACGAGUUGCUGAUGAACCCGAGUUGUUUGUUGUUGGACGAGCCGACGUCCGGCCUGGACAGCACGACCGCGAUGCACCUGGUGGUGACGCUGCGCCAGCUGGCACUCGGGGGCCGCGCCGUGGUGACGACCAUCCACCAGCCGUCGUCGCGCCUCUACCAGCAGCUGGACAAGCUGCUGCUGCUCAGCGAGGGCCACUGCAUGUACUACGGCGAGGGCCAGAAGGCCGCGGAGUGGUUCGAGAAGCUGGGCUACAAGAUGCCGUACGGGAUCAACACCGCCGACUUCAUCCUCGACCUCGCGUCGGGUGACGUGGCCACGCACAAGCUGAAGGGCGAGGGGACACGUCAGCACCUCAUCCAGUGCGCGGAAAAGUACCUGGGUGCGAACCCGGGGGGUUUCCGGAGGGACGGAAAGGAACUGACCGAGAAGACGAUGGGGCGGGAACUUUGGGCGGCCGCACAGAGCCGCUUGCAUCUGUACGAUUCUCAGAAGGGCAGCUUCUCUGACUCCCCCCGCGCCUCCAUGGACGUCGAACAAGGCUCCAUGAACGCCGCGCCAAGCGGGAGCGGCAGGGCGGGCGGGUCGCUGAAGGCGGGCCCCCGGUGGGGCGCGCCCUACUGGCUGCAGUUUCGCAUCCUGCUGCAGCGCUCGUUCAAGGUGCGCCGCUUCGAGAGCCUCAGCAAGUGGGACUUCGGGCAGUAUAUCACCGUUGGGCUGCUUGCAGGCCUCUUCUGGCUGCAAAAGGGCCAGAACCCGACGGUCGCGGACGCCCAGAACCUUCGCGGGCUGCUCUUCUUCGAGAUGAUGUUCCUGUCCAUACGGUCCAUGAUCGGCGCGCUGCUGACGUUCAGCAGCGUCUUUAAGAUGGUGGUCAAGGAGCGCGCGAGCGGGAUGUACCACCUGAGCGCGUUCUUCUUCGCGCGCAUGGCGUCGGACCUGCCCGUCGACAGCACGCUGCCCACCAUCUUCAUUGCAAUCAUCUACUUCAUGGCUGGGCUUAGGUACGACGCGUGGUCGUUCUUCGCCAACUGGGCGUCCGUGAUCCUGGUCAUGCUGACCGCGCAGUCGCUGGGCCUGCUCGUCGGCGCGCUCGUGACCAACCCCAAGAUCGGGCAGACCAUCGUCUCCGUUGUGGCGCUCAGCAUGGUGCUGGUCGCCGGCUUCUUCGUGCAAGGCAUCCACGCGUGGAUCGCGUGGCUCAAGUACUUCUCGUUCAUCUACUACGGCUACAACUUGCUGCAAAAGAUCCAGUUCCAUGACACGCCGCUCUACGACUGCGGAGCCGCUGGUGCGGUCUCCAGCCCGCAGAACCACCCCGACAUCUGCACGCGCCUCGAGGAUCCCUCAGCCGCGCUGAACCUGCAGAGAGAUGCGAACGAGUGGCCUUGGGAGCCGUUGGUGCUCAUCGGUUGGAUGGUGCUGUAUCGGUUGUUCGUUUACCUGGCCCUCCGGAAAAGGACGAAGAGCAAAGUGCGAUAGUUGUGAAGAUGGGGGCUUCCAAGGGUGUAGCCUUACAGCGAAAAUAAGCUUCGGUCGUCACUCCUGCUACGCAAGCUCCUGGUAUCGGAGCCUUAAUCCUAUCUUUUGCACUAGCAUUCUAACACGAGUGUUGGUUGUGUACAGUAUGUUAGCACGCUCGAUUAAACCCACGUUUUCCCGCGGACUUAGCGUGUUUGAUACACUUUUGUGCCCUUUGCGGUGAACCUGAAAGCAUGGGACGCGGACCAGUUGUACGGAGGAAGGAUUUGCUAAACUUUGUGUACAAAAAUAUUGUCGCUAGCUUAAAGCUUUUGAAUCUGC